UGGGUUGGGAUGGUCAGCUUCUUCCCUCCGGAUACCUGCUGGAAUCGGGAAAGCGGGCACCGCUCUUAACCCUCACAUUCCCUGGAGGUGGAGAGAGAGGCGCCCCACUGGCCUGGAGCCCAGCAGGCCCGGAUACAGUUGGGCGAAUGAGGUGACCAUGGCCUUGCUGGGGAAGCACUGUGACAUCCCCACCAACGGCUGCGGGUCUGAGCGCUGGAACUCCACCUUCACCCGCAAAGACGAGCUCAUCAACAGCCUGGUGUCUGCCUUAGACUCCAUGUGCUCGGCGCUCUCCAAGCUGAACACAGAGGUGGCCUGCGUGGCGGUGCACAAUGAGAGUGUCUUCGUGAUGGGCACCGAGAAGGGACGGCUGUUUCUGAACACGCGGAAGGAGCUGCAGUCAGACUUCCUCAGGUUCUGCCGUGGACCCCUAUGGAAGGAUCCAGAAGCAGGACACCCUAAAAAGGUGCAACGCUGUGAGGGUGGUGGCCGGAGCAUCCCGCGGUCCUCACUGGAGCAGUGCUCGGAUGUGUACCUGCUGCAGAAGAUGGUAGAGGAAGUGUUUGAUGUUCUUUAUAGUGAGGCUAUGGGCAGGGCCAGCGUGGUACCUUUGCCCUAUGAGAGGCUGCUCAGGGAGCCAGGGCUACUGGCUGUACAGGGACUGCCCGAGGGCCUGGCCUUCCGGAGGCCAGCCGAGUAUGACCCCAAGGCACUCAUGGCCAUUUUGGAGCACAGCCACCGAAUACGGUUUAAGCUCAGGAGGCCUCCUGAUGAUGGUGGGCGGGACUCAAAGGCACUGGUGGAGAUGAACGGUAUCUCCCUGCUACCCAAGGGAUCCCGAGACUGCGGUCUGCAUGGCCAGGCCUCCAAGGUCACUCCCCAGGACCUGCCCCCCACCGCCACCCCAGCCUCCGUGGCCAACUUCCUGUAUAGCACUUCGAUGCCCAACCACACCAUCCGGGAACUGAAGCAAGAGGCGCCCACCUGCCCGUUGACCCCCAGCGACCUGGGCUUGGGCUGGCCUGUGCCUGAGCCCCAGGUCCCCAGUGCCCAAGAUUUCUCCGACUGCUGUGGACAGAAGCCCGCAGGACCUGCUGGGCCUCUCAUCCAGAAUGUCCAUGCUUCCAAGCGUAUCCUCUUCUCCAUUGUCCAUGACAAGUCAGAGAAGUGGGACGUCUUCAUCAAGGAGAUGGAGGACAUCAACACACUGCGAGAGUGCGUGCAGAUCCUGUUUAACAGCAGAUACGCGGAAGCCCUGGGCCUGGACCACAUGGUCCCUGUCCCCUAUAGGAAGAUUGCCUGUGACCCCGAAGCUGUGGAAAUUGUGGGCAUCCCGGACAAGAUCCCCUUCAAGCGGCCCUGUACUUAUGGGGUGCCCAAGCUGAAGCGGAUUCUGGAGGAACGACACAGCAUUCACUUCAUAAUCAAGAGGAUGUUUGAUGAACGCAUUUUCACAGGGAACAAGUUUACCAAAGACCCCGUGAAGCUGGAGCCAGCCAGCCCACCAGAAGAUACUUCUACAGAGGUCUGUAGGGACACUAUGCUGGACCUGGCUGGGACUGCUUGGUCAGACAAAAGCAGCGUCUCUGAAGACUGUGGGCCAGGAACCUCAGGAGAGCUAGGAAUGUUGAGGCCCAUCAAAAUUGAGCCAGAGGAGCUGGACAUCAUUCAGGUUACUGUCCCAGACCCUUCACCAACUUUGGAGGAGAUGGCCGACUCACUACCUGGGCAUCUGCCCUCGGAGGAUUCCGGUUAUGGGAUGGAAAUGCCGGCUGAUAACCUAAAGGUGUGCUCUGUAUCAAACCCAAGACCGUGCACGUCCCCGGCAAGCAGUCUCCAACUGACCUCCAUCCCCAGCCCUGUGUGUAUGUACAAAGGCCCCAGUGAGGAGCCAUGGCCAGAAGAGAGGCCGGCAGAAGAAAGCCCUGGUGAUGUGAUCCGGCCCUUGCGGAAGCAGGUGGAGAUGCUGUUCAACACGAAAUAUGCCAAAGCCAUUGGUACCUCGGAACCAGUCAAGGUGCCCUACUCCAAGUUCCUGAUGCACCCUGAGGAGCUGUUCGUCCUGGGACUGCCUGAAGGCAUCACUCUUCGCAGACCCAACUGCUUUGGGAUCGCCAAGCUUCGGAAAAUUCUGGAAGCUAGCAACAACAUCCAGUUUGUCAUCAAGAGACCCGAACUGCUCACUGAUGGUGUCAAAGAGCCUGUUAUGGAUACUCAAGAGAGGGAUUCCUGGGACCGUCUUGUGGACGAGACCCCGAAGAGGCCGGGCCUUCAAGAAAAUUACGACACCAGGCUCUCGCGGAUCGACAUCGCUAACACGCUUAGGGAGCAAGUCCAAGAUCUGUUUAACAAGAAAUACGGUGAAGCCUUGGGCAUCAAAUACCCAGUGCAGGUACCCUACAAACGAAUCAAAAGCAAUCCAGGCUCAGUCAUCAUCGAGGGUCUGCCUCCCGGGAUCCCGUUCCGCAAACCCUGCACCUUUGGCUCCCAGAACCUGGAAAGGAUCCUCUCUGUGGCUGACAAGAUCAAGUUCACAGUCACCAGGCCGUUCCAAGGACUCAUCCCAAAGCCUGAUGAGGAUGACGCCAACAGGCUCGGGGAGAAGGUGAUCCUCAGAGAGCAGGUGAAGGAGCUCUUCAAUGAGAGAUACGGGGAGGCCCUGGGACUGAAUCGGCCUGUGUUGGUCCCUUACAAACUGAUCCGGGACAGCCCAGAUGCCGUGGAGGUGAAAGGCCUCCCGGAUGACAUCCCCUUCCGGAACCCCAACACCUACGACAUCCAUCGGCUGGAGAAGAUCCUGAAGGCCAGGGAGCAUGUACGGAUGGUUAUCAUCAACCAGCUCCAACCUUUUGCAGAAGUCUGCAAUGAUGCCAAGGUGCCAGCCAAAGACAUUCCCAAGCGCAAGAGAAAGCGGGUCUCGGAAGGCAACUCAGUCUCCUCCUCUUCCUCUUCUUCAUCCUCGUCCUCUAACCCAGAGUCUGUGGCAUCCACCAACCAGAUCUCCCUCGUGGUAAAGUCACGCAGAUCCGAAGUUCACCCCAAUUCUGUGUGGCCUGUGCCCCACCCUCGGGCAGGGCCGCCCACAGCUCCAGGAACUGGGAGGCACUGGGCUCUAAGAGGGACUCCGCCAACCUCAGAAGUGCAGGCGCACCCACUUGCUUUGCCCACAAGAUAGACUGAGGGGUCUGUGCGAUCGAUCAGCGCAGUGCUUGAAGUGUGGGUGUUACCAGCGAUGUGUGUAAAUGAGGACGGCAGGAGCCAGAGGGUAGAUGGUCGGUCACAUGACAGAACUGGACCUCCAUCAUCUGUCAGCCAUGUUGCUGAGUUUGGCACUUGCCUGAUUCAAAGGAAAGCCUAUGUAAAGAACUGGGUGUGGUGGCGUAUGCCUAUAGUCCCAAGUACUGGAGAUGGGGAGGAUCAGAGGUUCAAGGCCAGCUUGGGCGAUAUGAGACUCUUGUCU